AUGUCGAGCUCUUUGAUUGGAGUUUAUUCGACUUCCCUCGAUACCCCGAUUCUUUCAUCAACGGCCAUUCGCAACGCCAGUUCUAUUGCCAUCAAGCCUUCCGAUGUCCCCCUUUCUUCAUCUACCAGUGCCUUUCCCGUCGACUCAACACAGAAGCCUUUGACAUCGAGCGGUGCUGCCAUAGAAGCAGUCCCUAAUACAGCCACAACUUCAUCUCUUCGAACCCCUACCACUACGGCCUCAGAAAUGACGACAAAAGAGACUAUUGUGAAUUCUCCAACAGCAACUCUUUCCGGUGGAAGCUUGGCAGCUGAUGGCGAGACACCUACAUCCUCACUCCCUGUAACAACAAGCAGCACAAGCCAAGCAGCAUCAUUAACUCCAUCAACAUCUCUUAUUCCAACGAGUUCUUCGGUAACCACCCAAGCCUCAUCAUCGGCAGAAAAGAUCUUUCCACAGCUUUCCUCAACGGCCGAUGUCUCGCCUAGUGUUAUUCCUACAGCUACCCUUUCUACUCAGGUACCUUCUAUCACGACAUCGCAAAGCCAGAAUCAGAUUCCUACCCCCAAAUCUUCUACUUCUCAAGCUCCCGCGGCACCUGAAACUGAAGCUAUCUUUCCAACUUCACCCCUAACAUCACCCAAACAGCCCUCACCCACCAUUCAUUCUCAAUCAAUUUCCCCAGCAGCUCAACCUACCGACAAUUCGGUCCAAGGGCCACAACUUUUCAGUGCCGCGGAGGUGGCUCAGCCUUCCGAGCCUUUGUCAUCUUCUUCUUCUACUUCUAUUCCCAAAGCUUCUUCCACAGCAUCAAUACAGGGGAGCAAUGAUUUUUCGGCUCAGGAGGUCAGUCAGCCGACAAAUGUAGCUGCGCCUGCAGCUGGAGGAAACGCAGUAUCAAAUUCGCCGGCUUCGACACCAACCCCAGCGGCCAACCCUGCGCCCCCUGCUGUCCCAGUCUCUGUGGCCUCCGCGCCCUCCUCCAUAUCAACUUCUGUACCGGCUUCUAUAGCUAUUGCUGCACCGAUUUCUACAUCACUUUCCGCGUCCACCGGGGUAGCAGGCGGCUCCAUACCAAGCGGAACACAAUCCAAUGCCAUUACACACGCCACAUCCCUAAUAUCAGAUUCGACAGAUGGCAUCGGGGCUCUUCCAACAGCUACCAAUACAUCUCCAAGCGACUUGAGUGGAAGCGGCAUAUUGGGAGGUAGCCAGCCUACUGGGCAGACAAUAGCAGACCCCGUUAGCCCAAGCACAAAUCCAUCAACUGCCACUAUUGUUGGCGGCACUGUGGGUGGUAUAGCUGCUGCCGCUUUUCUUGUUGUUUUGUUGUGGCUCUUGAGAAGAAAAUUGGCGAGUCGCAAAUCGCAAGGGUCAAGCAAAGGGGGCUCCGUCAAGCCAAUGGCACAAAAACUUGGGAUUGCGACAACCCUGGAUGCUGUCAAGCAGAACUUUGGUGGGAAAACAGGCCAUCGCAACGUCAAUAUGAACAGAGGGAACUCUCAGUUCCUCGAAACUGUCACAGUUGAACCGAUGAAAACGCCAACCUAUGUUAAAUCCCAAAACUCUGCUGCAGUCGCAAAAAAACCAUCAAAACCACGUAAGCUAGGUCUUAGCUUUGACCAUGGCAAGCUGUUCAACCCAUUUUCAGACGCCAAUGCUUUGAUGUCCGGCAAGAUACCACCGCCCUCCAGCUCCAUCUUAGCAAAUCCGUUUACCGACGACAACAUGGUUUUGCCCCCUCCGGUCUCUGCUGCGAACCGCCGCCGCUCGAGAGGCCGAUCACUUGGUGGCAUCAAAAGCUUCCAGGCUCCUGCGGUCCCUCCUCGACCACACUCUGUGCACCGGGAGUCACUGCAGAGCAACGACUCAUUUGCGCAACGUCGUGAUAAAUUCCGGUCUGAUCCUUUUGACUUGGAGCUGGAGAGUCGACUGGUCCCUCAAAGAAACGGGGUGCCUAGCCGAGCUAGCUCUGUGUAUAGCAAUAACCAGAGCCCGCAGGAUAGCCGUGACAGCUAUACAUCCAGAUAUAUCAGCGGCUCUAGUCUUGGCGACUGGGCCAAUGGCAACCCCGCUGCUGGCGCAGGGGGGGCAACGGGAAGGCGAGAUAGCCCUACACUCUCAUGA